CAAGUGAAUGAAAGAGACGAUCCAUAAUAAUUGAAAACCUAAUAUUUUUAAAAUUAGCUUACCAGGUCCACCUAAAAAAGAAAUAAAAACCUGUAACAUUCUCAUUUUCUGAGCGUAUUACAAUUAUAUCAGCUACUUAGUAUGAAAUCGUGUUGAUCAAAGGAAAGUGAAUGUGACUGAAGUGUUAAUCUAAGCAGAAUGUCUUUGAAAAAUAUAUAUUUGUUAGUUACCAUAAUCUUACUCAUAUUUAAAGGUUAUAGUUGCGAAAGGCUACAUGAACUGAUAUAUUCCUCUAUUGAAGGCAGUGCAGCCUGUUUUAGGCGGCUCAAUGGCACACAUCAAACUGGUUGCUCUACAUCAGAUAAAGGUGCAGUUGGAGUUGUACAUUUUGUUCAAGAUCAUGAUGAUGUUUUGUGGCUUGCCACUAAUGCAUCUGCAGGCCCAUAUAUGGCUGUUGUCAGCACAUCAAAAUUUGGCCUAGUAGAGUUUCUCAUAGAUCAUCCAACAAAUAUUGCAGGAGUACUUACAUAUGAAAAUGCUUCUGAUAUCCCCUCAUUUUUUACACAUGACACAAGAUGUCCAAAUGAGUUUUCAUCAGCAGAUGGAAACCAGUGUUCAUCUUCAAAGGAAGGUGGUGUUGUGUGGAAUGAAAAAGGCACAGGUUUAUUAAAGAGAGAAAUACCAUUUCCAAUAUUUUUCAUACCAGAAUCAAGAUAUGAAGAAAUUGAAAAAAUCAGUCAUUGUUUCGGAAGAUUCAAUUACGAUAAAAACAACCAAAGGGGUCGGUCGCUAUGCUCAAUACAGUUGAAUUCCUUCAUGUUUGCUGCAAUAAAUACCGAAGUUUGCAUGAGAAGGUCAGCUACCUCAACGAUAGUAACAACAACGAAAGUGUGCGAUCCGCUUGGCGAUCAAAACGUUUAUUAUUCCCUUUUCCCUAGAACGAAAGAAUCUAAGAAGCAGUCCAUCACGUUGGUGACUGCAAGGAUCGAUUCAGCUUCUUUAUUUGAUGGGGUGUCUCCGGGUGCUGCUAGUUCUGUCGUCGGCCUAGUCACGCUGAUAUCAGCAGCCGCCGCAUUAGCUCAGCUGAUUCCAGUUUCUAAAUCGAAUCUCUACGAUACGAAUAUAUUAUGGACGUUAUUCAACGGGGAAGCAUUUGAUUAUAUUGGUUCACAGCGAGUUGCCUACGACAUAAAGCGUGGGGUGUGGCCGCCGAAUGCACCGCUGGCACCGACCGAUGUAAAACUACACGUUGAAAUCGGCCAGAUCGGUGGAUCCUUAUCAGAUUAUGUGAACGAAAAUAUAUGGCCUUUGAACGCUUUUGUACCUACCCUCGCGCCAUCGACAAUAAAUGACGGUGAAAAUGACAUACAAAUCUUCCUGAAACAAUUGUCGAAUGCUUACAACAUGACAAUACCCGGAAUCUUUAAUGGCUCUCUGCCACCGUCAUCUAUACAUUCAUUCAGAAGAAUAUUAUCCAAUGUGACAGAAACCGGUGAAAUGCUUGAAAUGUUAUUAGUUGAUCACAAAGAGACCUUCACGAAUGUUUUCUACAACUCUGCUUUGGACAACAGUGACAAAAUCGCUUAUGCCUAUAAAAACAUCAGUAUGAUCAACAAUGUUACAUUUAUAUCCACAGCUGAACUCAUAGCAGAUGGUUUGAUGAAAGAAACUGACACUCAAGUAAAGAUAUCUCGGUUGGCGACGGCUUUAGCACAUGCACUAUAUCAAAGAGUUGUUGGUGAGGCGUACACUGGUAAUAUUACAGUGUCCGCACAUUUGGUAGAUGAAAUGCUGUACUGUUUCCUGAAGAACGAGACGUGCAAGUUGUUAUCGGCUGCGGAGUUUGGCGGCAACGAGGGGCCGCGGGAGGGCGCGGGGCCGGCGCCGCUGUACGUGGGCGUGACCUCCUGGAACACGGUGGCGCCCGUGUUCGCCGGACACCUGCUGGCCUUGCUCACCGGCACGCAACUCUCGCUCAACAAAUCACAGUGCGAAACGAAACCAGAAUCGGGAUAUACAAGGCUCUGGUUAAAAGGAUGGAAUCACAGUGGCGUUUGCAUCGAGACCACAAUGAACUUUAGUCAAGCACUCAGUCCAGCUUUUAUAAUAUCAGAUUAUGAUUUUAAAUCGGGUACGUAUUCUACGUGGACCGAGUCAGUUUGGCAAACAAUGUGGGCCCGAGUGUUCGUGUCGGCGAGCGGCGGCAGCGCGUGCGUGGCGGCCGCGACCGGUGCCGUGUCAACCCUUAUUGCGGCCCUGCUCACGUUUUGGCUACGCAGACACUCAUCACUCAUAUUUGUCGAUCCGCCGUCAGCAACCAUCGUUGUUGACGAUGCUGCUUCCGGAAUUUUACGUUCUGUGAACUGUUAGAGAGUGUGACAGCAGUCAAGAAAUAUUAUUUGGCUGUGAUUGUAAUGUGUUUCACAACAUUUGCCACAUUCCAUCCGCUUAAUUUAAUAAAUGGAAAACAACAUUUUAUUAACAAUAACUUAUGACUUUAUAAGUACAGGUAAUUAAAUCUAGAUAUAGUAUUUAAAUUGAAAUAUAAAUAAUAAACCCUUUUAUUUUAUUUUCUUUU